UUUUUCCUUGUUUUGUAACCGGUGUGAACUCGGUACACACGAGCGUCUCAUGGGAGCUGUUCCGAGAGUCGAGACGCCCGGAACUUCCUGGAUUACACCAGGACGCUGUACCGCACUUCGACUCCCCCCUCUGCAAUGACGCUUAAGAGGAGUUUCUUCCUGUCUCACAUCCGUUCUACGGUGUCGUUCCAUCGACGUCGCUGUCGUGGAUAUCAUGUUCGUUAUGCCCUCGAACCCCAGGACGUGGAAAUUUCGCGGCUACUCACUACCUACGCUGCCCACCCCCCACACCCAAUAACGCUCAGUUCACUCGUUGCAUUCGGCCAACCACUCACGCCAAAAUCCUUAUUGCAAAGCGUCUCUUAUGUCUUGUCAGAGAUUCCUCGACGUCUUGCCAGGCGGGCGCGUGCACUCCAAACGCUGCCCUUCAUUGUCGGCACAAACCCUUACAUGGCGAAGACACUCAAGGCAUACCAAGAUAGCUUUCAGUUCCUGGCAACGUAUCCGCCAGUCACCACCCUCGAAGAGAACGCCAGAUUUACGGCCGAACUUAGCCAGUUGGUAGAAAGUCAUCGCAAUGACAUUCCCACUAUGGCGAAGGGCUUCCAAGAAUGUGCCAAGUACAUGUCCCCCGCACAAAUCAGCAACUUCCUUGACGGUGCAAUCCGCAACAGAAUAUCUGUUCGUCUGAUUGCUGAGCAACACAUCGCUCUGUCGCGAGUCCUGGAAGCGCAGUCGGAACUUGGUCCUACUUCUCACUACGGUAUCGUAGACGUGGCUUGCUCUCCAGCUGCCGUGAUUAAGAUGUGUGGUGAAUUUGUUAGCGAGUUAUGCGAGGCCACUCUCGGUGCGGCUCCCACUAUUGUCAUCGAUGGACAUCCGGACACCACUUUCGCCUACGUGCCCGUUCAUCUGGAGUAUAUCCUCACCGAAGUACUCAAGAACGCAUUUCGGGCAACGGUUGAGCAUCACUACAAGCAAUUCGGUAGCACUUCUACAAAGCCUAUUCCCCCGGUAACCGUGACGAUAUCUCCCCCACCUUCUCCUUACUCUCCUUUCCUGUCGUUCCGCGUUCGUGACCAGGGAGGGGGAGUAUCGCCGUCCAAUAUGGCACGCAUCUUUUCGUACGCGUUCACCACUGCAGGACAUUCUAGUCCUGAUGACGAUGUCGGUGGUGGUCCUUAUGCUGCACAGCAUAUCGGGGGAAGCGCUGCCGUUGGCGAAGGUACGAGCAGAGGGGAGGGAAAUUUAUUCGGGGAGAUAACCAGCAAAGGUUUACAAGUCGGUUUAGGGACGAUAGCAGGGCUGGGCUACGGGCUGCCGAUGAGUAGGUUGUAUGCGCGCUAUUUCGGGGGUUCCUUGGAUUUGUUCUCCCUCGAUGGGUGGGGGAGUGACGUUUUCGUCAAAUUGCGAAGCGUAGAUCAGGCUGGGAACGCUGAGAUCUAAUCGAUUCUAAGUACUUGUCGUUGCAUCGACUAUCAGUUCUUUACCAGUGCUGGCAUCGGUCGCGUCCGGACUAUAUUCCUGUAUUUCCAUUAGUAGUAUAUAAUAAUUGGUGAUGUAAGGCGGAUAUGCUUCGAUGCGCCAAUACAAAAGCUACCCCAUGCAAGGCUCAUGGACAGAAUCGACUUACAAAUUGUGCAAGUCUCGUGAAUCGAUGAAGUAUACUAAACUAACUAGCCGUUAAAAGCGAAGUCGUGAUGCAACUUGACGGCGUCGAACCUUCUCGAGUGAUUGCUAACAUGGGUACGCAAAAAGGUUGCAGGUGA